AUGCCAGUUGAAACUGUAACAUUGAGUUAUCGUCAUGUAGCAGUCGAGAUAGCGGACACGUCCAAUUUGCAUAAUAAUAUGAUGACACCAAAGAGGGUUGACCUAAACGCUACGCUCAGUUUAUUUAUCCAGCUUUUACAUACAAACUUUUCACAGUCUGUAAAAAAGAAAAAGUUAAAGAGUUUGACGCAGAAGGACCUUUCAUGGUUGAGCCUGACACGCAAGAGAACACUUUUAAAAUUCACCACGAUUCCGAAAAAUAAAGAACUUUCCCGCCUUGUUAAGAUGAACUUACUCGUUGCAGUUUGCUUCUUCUAUCUCGCUGUCCAACACAAAACAAAUGCCGCCAUCAACGCAUGCUCCAAUAACAUAACACACGAAAAACUUUCCUCGUGGACGGGCGCGGUAAAAGGCUUGAUAGCUUUUCAUCUAGAUAGAACUGUUACUGAUUGGACACUUGAAAUCCAAUUCGACCAAUCAAUAAUCCGCUUUCAGCAAUGGCUUGGUAAAAUAUAUCCACAGGGCACACAAGCUGGCAACGCUGUUUAUUUUGUUAAGCCUCUCCGUGGCCAUGAUAAGAAGUUACGAGCUGGCACAGUUUAUAUGGCGUACAUCGCAAAUUAUGUGGGCACAAACGAACCUGAAGUGAAAGCGGCUGCUGUCUGUGGCUACUUUUCGUCCAAACCUUCAAAGGUAACGCCUAAACCGGAUCUUUACCCACCCACAAACACAUCACGAGUAACAGAAACCUGCCAGGAAUCUGUUAUUAACUCUUGGCCCGGUGGAGUGCAAAGGCGUUUAUAUAUACCCGUGGUGGAGAACGUCAAAGACUGGAUGAUGGAAUUACGCUUUGAUGAAAAACUGCAUUUUUUGGGACAAUGGAGUUGCGAGAAUUUAGUGAAAGAUGGAGGUGUUUUUGUGUGUGAAAAUCAACCCGACAAUGGAGUGCAGAAAAAAGGGCGUUUGUUUAAGUUUGAAUAUAUUCUGCAAACGACAACUUCAAAUAAAUUACUUCCAAGACUGACUGAAGUUUGGUUUGCAAGCUAUCAUUGUACAAAGUAGAAAAACAUUCGUGUUUGUAAAGAUAUGGUACAAAGAAAUUUUGUAAAAUGAGAUAAGAGAACAUCUUUUGUGUCUUUUUAAGUUAAAUUUUGCUCAUCGGGCAUAAAGAGCGCUGGUAU